AUGGGCGCCGACGAGAAGACGCGCGUUUCGGGCGAGGUCCCUCGCGGAGAGAACAACGGUUCUAUCCUGCCCACCACGAAUCCUGACCUCGAGAAGUCUCAACCUCCUAAGGCUUCGAUUCAUCCUGUAUUUUACGUUGUUGUUUGGAUUUCACUGUCCUCUUCCGUCAUUCUCUUCAACAAAUGGAUUCUCGACACACUCAAAUUCCGUUACCCGGUCAUUUUGACGACCUACCAUUUGACCUUCGCGACUAUAAUGACCCAGAUCCUUGCUCGGUGGACUCACGUUCUUGACGGACGCAAGUCGGUCAAAAUGACUGGUCGUGUCUACGUACGGGCUAUUGUUCCCAUCGGCGCCUUCUUCAGUUUGAGUCUGAUCUGCGGUAACUUGACCUACUUGUACCUGUCUGUCGCUUUCAUCCAGAUGCUCAAGGUAGGAACACCGCCACACUUCAAAAUCGUCAAGCACUAA